AUGCAAUUAAUCAUGUUCAAAUUGGUUGCUGCAAAAGCCACAACAAUGUUAAAUUUUAGUAUUUUACUGCUUCUUUUUGCAGUAUCUACGGCAUUCAUCUUCCUGAAAAUCUCUAGAUUUUUUGUUCAAAUUAAAGGAAAAAUUACCUGCUUUGGUCAUCCAAGGAGUGGUAUUAUUGAGCUGAUUGCUGUCGAUGCAUUUGGCAAUUCUCUGUUUACGGCUACAAACACUGUGGUCGACGAUAACGGUGAGUUCGGUAUGAUGGGUAUAAUUAAUGAGAAUGAACCAUUCAAGCCAGUUCUGAAGUUUCACGACAGUGUAUGCGUACACAGUCAGUUAUUUGUACCUGGUUCGAUACCGAUCAGAAGAUUAAUGCCUAAUGAAGUUGCCGAUUAUGACCAUAUAAUAGAUAUUGGCACUAAAGAUGUCUGCAUAUGUAAAUUUGGAAAUUUGGCUACGACAAGAAAGAUGUGCUGA